CGCCAUGUCUCGACGGCAACUCGAGAACGUCAAGCGAGAGACACAUCUGGAUAUGGACAGCGCGUGGGAGGAGUUCCCACUCGACAACAUCCAGUCCAAUCCAUCAGAAUGCUGGUCUCCCUCUCAAGUAACAAACAAGCAAGUGGAAGAACGCACGCCACCCGUGAUGCCAUGCAUCAAAAUAAGCAAUGCGCACGCCAUCAACAUAUACGUCGGUGACCCGAAACAGCUGCCUAAUGUGUUGACUGCUGCCGCUGGACUCUAUCGAUCUGCCAUCGAUGACCGUCCAGCGGAAAAUUCAAGGCGUCGUGCCGAGGACAGGAAAAAUACAAGAUACUCUGCAACCGGAAGAUAUAACACGGAAGACUGCAGGCCUUCACGUAGUCGCAAAUUUCGUUGCUUGGAUUGCUUGGACCACAAUCGCCGUGAUCGCAAUCGUUCGCGCAACAGAAGUCUAGGCCCUGGUCGACGUUACCACGAUACGCCCCCUGAAGAAAAUGACCCGUCAUGGAACCCUUCCCGCAGGCGGAAUGACUAUCGACGGCAAUGAUGAAAUGCUUAGAGUAGAACGAAGCGUUAUUUUUAAGCGCUCUGGUUUCUCACAGCCCAGAGCAGUCAGUGUAAGCGAUGACAAAUUUCGUUUUGCUUGAAGUUGCCGUAGUCUAGGCAACGUUAGGUUUACCGAAUCCAGACAAUUUCAUUCAUCUUUGUGGUGCCUUUGUGCAGUUGCUCCUCUACAAUCGCUAAUAGUGACGCGAGCUGCCUACUUAAAUGGUACAGAUAAUUGCUCGCUUAUUCUUUAAGUCCUUUGUUGUCACUGCCAGUGAUGGUUCCUGCCAAAAUUGCUAAAAUAAAUGAAUAAGGAGAUCAGUGUUGCUGUACGUCACCAGUCGACACUAACGCAAACAUUUAAUAAGGUUUUACAUCCAGAAGAAACUUAUAAUAUAUGUAAGCCACUCUGAAGCGUGAAAGAGGCCGGCGACGGGGAAUGACGUCUUGGAAUAUAUUUAACCAAUUGAGCUUCAUUAACGUGACCUAAAUGUACGUCUGCUAGAUUUUCCCAUACCACCUCUCACCUCUGAGUGUUCAGUACUAUUGAGUGAGUGUUCAAGAGAACGGCUGGUGAGUGAUGUAAACCGAUACAUGCUCUAUGGUUGGUCAUAGAUAUAAGUUUUGGUAUUGGUGUAAGCGUUGUGUUUGGGUAUUGGUGAUUUUGUAUUUCGGCAAGGGCGCGUUUAUGCGCACACAUGAUUAUGAAUUGUCUUGGCCGCCACUGAGUGGACCCACGGGGGCACCUUGAUGUUGAGCUUCGAAUGUAAUCUGCUUCAAUAAAGAGACUUUGUCAUUUACUAAGUCGGUGUACGUUCAACGCACUGUGUCUUCAAGAUAUGAACUACUGUAACAUAUUUGAAGCGAAACUGAGCAUACGCAGCGUAUGCAGGACAAGGACCUCAUUAAGGCUAUAAUAGAACACCCAGGUGUGAAAGACGUAUCACAGUAGCCUCACAUCGAGAGAAACCAGAUAACGU